AUGGGGACGAAUCGGUGCGACGCGACGACGGAAAAGGAGUACACGGAGGGCGUCGCCUACGCCAUCGCGAAGCUGUCGCAGAUCCCCGACACCACGCUCUAUCUCGACUCCGGCUUCGGCGGCUGGCUCGGGUGGCCGGAGGGGAUGAAGCGCGUGGUGGCGGUGUACAGGAAGGUCCUCGCGCGCGCGCGGCAGAUCCGCGCGAACGCCAAGAUCCGCGGCUUCGCGUCCAACGUGGCCAACUACAGCCCGCUCUUCGCGACCGGCUGCCCGGCGCUGGAGAAGUGCCCGCUUGCCAAGAACCCGAGCACGGGCGAGAUGUGCUACGAGUGGAACCCGUGCAUCGACGAGAACCGGUUCACGGCGCGCAUGAAUGCGUACCUGGGAGCCGCGGGACUGCCGACCAGGUGGAUCGUGGAUACGAGUAGGUCCGGCCGCGCUGGCAUCCGCAACCGCUGGGGGUCGUGGUGCAACGUGAAGGGCGCGGGGAUUGGACAGCGCCCGGCGAAUCCCGCUAACGCUCCGCAAGGGGCCCUCGGGUGGUCUCAUGCGGUUCCCUCCACUUUCCCGCACACCUUUUUCUUGCCUGCCCCGUAG